UCAUCACAAGAAAAAAAAUUUGUAUGUGUGGUGAUGGAUGUUAACUAGACUUGUGAUUAUUUUACAAUAUAAACAAACAUUGAAUCAUUCUGCUGGAUACCUGGAACUGAUAUAAUGUUAUAUGUCCGUUAUAUCUCAAUUAAAAAUAAACAUAUUCAUUUGACAAAUAUUAAACUAUAUUUGGCACACAGUACAUUUUUGGGUAAAGCUCUUACCAAUAGUGAACAGGCCACAAAAGAAUACAUUUAUGAUCAUCAAAGGUUUCACUGUUGAGCUUGACUUUUAAUACUUGAAAGUAGAUGUUUAUUGCUUUAAGGCCUAACUUGUCUCAUUGGAAAUUUUGUUCAAUAAUCAUAUUCUCAGGGCUAAAAAGAGUUCAGUACACAAUUUAUUUCUUCACAGAUGACAAAACAUUUGAACUCCUAGAGAGAAGCGCUAUUUAAACAUUGUGACCUUCAUUUUAUUAGGUAUUCUAGUUUACACUGCACAUGUGAUGGAUUCAAAAAUAUAGAGUCUAAACCCACAAAUAGUAUUUUGUGUUCAAGCCACCUCUAGACCAGAGUUAUUUGGGGUUCAAAAUAGACAAAGCAGUUUUACAAAGGAGUCUUAACUAUUGAUUAGCAGUUAAAAAAAUACAAAAGAAAAUCCUAUCCACAUUUUGGUGGGAAUAAAAUGUGGUAAGUACAAAAAGCAGGUGGUCACUUGUAGCUGACUUUUUUUUUUUUUUAAAUGAAGCUGUAUGGGGAAAGUUAUGAAAAAAGUAAGUAUAACACAAAGUUACAUUUCCAGAAUUAAAUACUUCUUGGGUAUUUACAUGUGACAUCCAUAGCAGGCUGAGGCCCCGUGGGUACUGGCUGGCUGGCAGAGUCAGCUAACCCAAUACAGGAGUCCCAGGUGCUUCUGCUUACACUCAUAUUUGGUCCAAGUAUACUUUAGUGCUGAAGUGUUGGGUCAUGCCCUUGGCCACUUCCAUCAUUUGAGAGAGUAAACAAUAAAUAGGAUCUGACUGAGUUAUGUUUGGAAGGAUUCUCCAUAAAUGAGACAUUGUGUAUGAAAUGCCAGGAAUGAGCCCAGUAAAUGUUAGCUUUUAAAAAAUUCUGCACUUGCAUCGGAUGGAACCCAGAAAUAGCUGUGAAAGCCAUUGUUGCUUCCAAUCUGGGAAGCCUGUCUGCAACAAUUUUUUUCAAACUUUUGAGGAUCUCAGUGUUGUGUUGUACUGUGUUCUGAUUCACAGGAUAAAAAUAAAGUUGGGCUAACUGUAAUUUUGUCAUGCUCCCUUUGUACAGUAUUGAGCUCACUUUAAAAUAAGCAAUCUUGGGUAGACUUCCUGGUCUUUGUAUCAGACUUGCAGACAAAGUACCUAUUCUCCCAAAUGCUCUUCAUGUGGGGACAGGGAGAGGAGAGGAGGGGGCAUAAUAUUACUUACCAGAAUGAAUGGGAUGAAUGACAAUGCCUUGCUGGAUAAAUAUCUUAGGUAAAUUCAAAUUCAUAACAGAAGCAUAGACGCUGUGUUCUCACAAAUGUUAAUGCUAUAACACAGAGGUGUGCGGACCACGUGGACAGCCCUAGUUUAUCACUUUACAGAGACUCUACUUCCAAAACUAGGGAGUAUUUUUUUUUUUUUUUCCUCUCAGGGGUCAUUGACCCACCGGAGAAAAAUAAUAAUAAAGGGUGACAGAAGAGGUUAAAAGGAACUCAAUUUGGUUCUCACUGAUUAUUUUUAAAAGUCACAAUAAAAAGUGAAACUUACCUAAUUUAAAAUUUAAGAAGAGGAUAAAACAAAACUUUAUUCAGUAUGUCCAAUGAUGGAAAUGCUUUAAAUUCUACUUCAGUUCCAGUAUGGCCAGUAAUGGGGUGGGGAAAAGGACUGGAAAAACAAAAGGGACAAAGAAAAAAAACCUGGAGAGGUAAAGGGAGAGACUGAGACCAACCAAGAGUCAAGAAAAAACACACACCAACAAUGGGAAGAGGCUUUUUGGAUUACUCUUUUUUUUUUUUUAACUUUUUUAAAAACCUGUUUUGUAAAACCCUGUUACAACUCUUCAUCUUUAUCUUUUUUUUUUUUCCUUCCAGGCAAGGCUUUACUGGGAAUCCUGCUGCAGCACUAGGGAGCGAAAACAAGUAACAGUAGUAAGUCUCGUAACCGGCUAGCAAGCUGCGAAUGUUCUAUUUCUUGGAAGAGCUGCAUUUCGGACCUCCUAAAAUCCUCAAAGGAGAGAUCUGUACUAUGAACGAGUUCCCUGCAUGGAUUCAGUCACUGAGCAUCACCCCAGCCUGCCCCCAGCGUAAGCCCAGGCCUUUCUCCGAGCCCCGCCACGAGAUUUCCCGCUUUCGCGCAGCACUUGGGACCCCGGGCGGCGCCCAGGAGCCCCGCCUCUCCGUUGGGGUGCGGCGUGGGCGUGACGUCAUCGCGCCCUGACGUCAGGCCGACGUGCAGCACGGUCUCCUGGGAGACCGGGAAAGCCCUUUCGUACCCGGCAGAAUUGAAGUCUAGGUUAUGUUACUUCAGAGCCUCCCUCAGGGUAUCGUGAGAAAUUAUGGAUCGUCACAUUCCCAUGCAUGCAUUACCUGAAGAAAUCCAAAAGAUGUCUCCUGAAGAAAAAGUGUGUAAGUACUGUGGAGUCAGCUAUCUAAUUCUUCAUGAGUUUAAGGCUAUGGAAGAAAAAGUGAAAGCGAUGGAAAAAGAGAUGAAAUUUUAUCAAGGAAGUGUAGAACGUGAAAAGAGCCUUCAAGAAAUGCUACAGUCUCUUAGCCAAGAUUUUGAACAGUACAGAAUUGACAAUGAAUCCAAAAUGGAAAGAAUUCGAGAUGCAAGCAUGCAGUUUAAAAGUCACCAAAAUGAUUUUCAGAGAGUACAGAAAGAAUUGAAUCAGUUGCAACAUGAGUUAAAAAUUAAACAAAGACAAUCACAAAUCUUCAGUCAGAGAUUGACAGAAUACAAGUAUCUCUGGAAUAAGACUCUUUCAUUACUUACUUUUAGUAAAAGGGAGCUAACCAGUAUUAAAAAUGAAGUAUAUGAUAAUUUUCAAAACUGGACUUCACUGAAAGGAGAAGUUUUUCUACAAAUUAAAUCCAUAAGUGAAACAGCCUUGACAGAAAUAAAGAUGCUAAAUAAAAGUUUGACAGUGUCCCAGAGAAAUAAUGUAUGCCUUGAAGAGGAAAUGAAAAAUCUGAAAUGGUUGUCAGAUGCAGCCAUAUUGAGAUCUCAGCAAAUUGAGACAUCCAAACAACAGGAAGUAAACUUGCAAACCAGAUGCCAUGACUUGCAAAAGGAAGUACUAGAUUUACAGUGUCAAGUUGAAGCACUUGGGCUAAAACUUCAGAAGGCAGUGACUGAGAUGGACAAGUACAAAGAAAAGCUCAUGAAUAAAUCUAAUGAAGCUGAUGAGUGUCAAAGAGAACUUAGAAAACUGAAGUUCGAAUCCAUUAUUUCUGAGUCACGGCACACCAGAUUGCUUAAAGAAAAGGAAGACUCUUUAAUGACUUGUCAACAAAUAUAUAAAACUUUACAGGAAGAACUGACUGCAAAAGAAAGGCAAGAAGCUAACUUAAAAAGAAGAAUUAAUCUUUCAGAAAAUGAACUGGAAAUAAACAAAACUCUUCUGAAUCAGACAAAGCAAGAGGUUGUAACAUUGAAAAGUGAAAGGGAAUCGAUGCUGAUUUCACAUCAGAAAAGCAUCGAGCAGUUGCAGGAAACCCUUAGACAGAAGCUGCUGGACGGUGAUAACUGGAGGGAGAAGAUUGAAGCUGAACUCGCCAAGGAAAGAGCCCAACAUUUAGUUGAAUUUCAGGAGCAAGCUCUUCUCUUUAAAGAAGUUAAACUGGAACUCGAUAUUGAAAAGGAAAAACACCAAGAAAUAAUCCAAAAGUAUAAGAAAGAACAAGAAGAACUACAAAUGAAGAUAUCUGACUUAAUUGAAGGCGCUACUAAAGAUCUAAGGCUGGAAGUGGCUGCUCUUGAAGAAAAACUCCAUGAAUCCCAUAUUCAAUAUACUGAAGAAUCUGAGUUAAAGGAGAAAGAAAUCGAAAACCUUAAAAAUUUGGUUGCAGAAUUUGAAUCACGCUUGAAGAAGGAAAUUGACAGUAAUGAUUCAGUUUCAGAGGACUUGAGGAAGGAAAUGAAACAGAAGUCAGAUGAACUGGAAAGAGUAAUGCUGGCACAAGCACAACUGAUACAGCAAUUCAACCAGUCCCAGGAAGAGAACACUUUUCUUCAGGAAACAGUGCGUAGAGAGUGUGAAGAACGCUUUGAACUGACGGAGGCUUUGAGUCAAGCCAGAGAACAGCUCCUGGAGCUCAGGAAGUGCGGCGGACGGUUACCCCUGUCACCAUGCUCCCUCAGCCAGGGCAGCCUAACCUCCUCUGUUGCAGCUAGCAGCAGUCAGGGAGAGAGGCGGCUCGCAAGACUGAACUCCGAAAAGAGAAUCAAAAUCCCCGGCCUGCACGGAGUGUCGAAACCCACCGCUUCCCCAGCCUCAACUCAGCCCAGCGGGGUCAGCAGCUCAGGUUUGCCCACAUUCCCCCAGCCACACCCUCCCCGGGGGGGUCGACCGUCUUCAGUCAGUGAGACCCAGCAGCAACUGGCUGUCAUUCUGCAGAGGAGACUGAGUCAGCAGUGAUGGAGCCAAAGUCAGGAGCAGCUCCACACAGCAUGCCUGUCUUUCCCAGAGUCCAGAAACUCAACUGUACGAGGAUGAAAAAGAUCAAAUUAUUACCACAGAUUAAGAAUGCAUACUUACAGAUAUUUUUAACAAGACAGUUGGAAAAGCUAACCAAUUGUGAAACCACAUUUUCCUGGAGGCCUUUGAAACUGCAACAGAUAAUGAAGUUGUUGGUAUUCCAGAGGGUCAAUUUCUAUAUUUAUGUAUUGUGUGUUUCGAUGUGCUCUAUGAAUGUGCCCUUUUAGAGAUCAUAGGUAAAAUUUUUCAC